UGUCGCAAGUAUUUAUUUUCGUCUUUCAGGAAUCAUGUGUGGGCGGCAGGCAUGGGUGGGUGUAUCGUGGGCGUGUGUGCUAUGGGCGUGGUUGGCUACGGACCUGUCAGCGGCUCCAGCAACUAAAAGUAAAGGGAAUUCUACAAUGGUAACAGUGCCGUCAGACUUGCUGGUACAGUUACUGGACGUCAGCAGGUCGUUACAGAAAUUACUACCAGCUGACAUCCCCAUCCUCCUGCUUGAUGUCAGCCCCGAGGAAGUACUGGCUCGGGUUAACGACGAAGGACCAAACUCACUGUUAACUCUGGCUCUACGUCACCACGCUCUACUGCAACAACGUAACGAAGAUUUACUCACCCAACAAGGUCGUUGUACUGCCCAGAUCGAGGCUCCACAGGAGGAUAAACAAGAACUCCGUCUACACCUACAGGAUUGCAAGAAGAAACUACAGUACCUUCAGAGAGGCCUUACAGAUAUCCUACCUCCUACAGACAGCGCCAAACCUACAGAUACUACAGAGGAUGUUAAAAAAGGCGUUAAAAUAGAUGAUUUAUGUCCUUGCAGAGAGAAUUUAACGGAAGCACAGUUGGAAGAGAGGAAUUUUGUAGGAUUGGAUUGUGUCUGUGAGAAAGUGACCAUACUUCCCAAGACCACACCUGCUCUUGUGUUGUUGGGUACUGGGUCAAGGUGGGUGUGUCUGUGUCUGUCUGUCUGUCUUCAUCUCUAUCCUUUCCCAAUAGAAUGA